CGGGGGUUUGCGCUCCUGUUGCUGGCUCUACCCCUCGCGGCCCGCGCCGAUUGCCCGUGCCAGGACCCCGCGCUUUGCCGACCGAUCCGCCACCACCCUGCUUACGAGGUGUUUGUGUUUGAUGUUGGACAUAAAACGUGGAAGUCUUAUGAUUGGUCACAGAUUACAACAGUGGCAACUUUUGGAAAAUAUGACUCAGAACUUAUGUGCUAUGCACAUUCAAAAGGAGCCAGAGUAGUGCUAAAAGGAGAUGUGUCUGUAAAGGAUAUCAUUGAUCCUACAUUCAGAGAAUCUUGGAUAACUCAAAAACUCGUUUUGGCCAAAAAUCAAUAUAUGGAUGGAAUUAAUAUAGACAUAGAACAAGAAGUAAAUUGCUCAUCACCAGAAUAUGAUGCAUUAACUGCUUUAGUUAAAGAGACCACAGAAGCUUUCCACCAUGAAAUUGAAGGGUCACAGGUAACCUUUGAUGUAGCUUGGUCUCCAAAGUAUAUAGAUAGAAGAUGCUAUAACUACACUGGAAUUGCAAAUGCUUGUGACUUUGUUUUUGUAAUGUCAUACGAUGAGCAAAGUCAGAUCUGGUCAGAUUGUGUUGCAGCAGCCAAUGCUCCAUAUAAUCAGACAUUAACUGGAUAUGAAGACUAUAUAAAGAUGGACAUUCAUCCUAAGAAACUUGUAAUGGGUGUACCCUGGUAUGGUUAUGAUUAUACUUGUCUGAAUCUAUCUGAGGAUGAUGUUUGCACUAUUGCAAAAGUCCCUUUCCGGGGUGCUCCUUGUAGUGACGCUGCCGGACGCCAGGUGCCCUAUAAAGUGAUCAUGAAACAAGUAAACAGUUCUGUUUCUGGAAGCCAAUGGAAUAAAGAUCAGCAGGCUCCGUAUUAUAAUUAUAAAGAUUCUUCAGGCCAUUUUCAUCAAGUGUGGUAUGACAACCCUCAAAGCAUUUCUUUAAAAGCAGCGUAUGUACAGAAGCGUGGCUUACGAGGCAUCGGCAUGUGGAAUGCAAACUCUCUGGACUACUCUGGAGAUGCUGAGGCCAGACAGCAAACUGAAGAAAUGUGGAAAGUCUUGAAACCAGACCUGGGACAGAGAAGACUAUCUUUUCUAUGAAAAUCUUUUGUCAAACUAUUAAAAUUUAAAUAGACAAAUCUUUGUAAAUAGAUUCAGUUUCUU